UCUCUCUUUGCCACUUCCACAACAUCCACUCCAUUUCAUAUUAUCUCUCUUUCUAAUCGAAACCCUAACCCUAGCUCUACCAGCUUUUCAGUAUUUCUCAAUGUCUGCGUUCGUGGAAGACCAAAGCACUAAGAAGCGAGUACGAGAUGAAUGGGACGAGUCAGAGCUGGACUCAGCCGAGGUGAAGAGACUCAGGGACGACCUCCUAAAUCUCGACGACUCGGAUCUCGGAACCAGUAGUCCUGACCUCGACUCAUUUAUGAAGAGCUUCGAAGAAGAGAUCUCCGUGUCGCCGGCUCCACCGGCGAACGUUGUAGAUCUGACGUCAGACGCCGGAGAUUCCCAACCGGAGCUCGGCUACCUCUUGGAAGCCUCCGACGACGAGCUCGGCCUCCCCCCGUCGACUGCGUCGUCAAGCGAGGCGGAGAACAACGAAGAGACCGAGUUGGUCCGAGUUCCGACGGACUCGACCGGACUCGGCGAGUUAUGGGGGUUUGAUGAUGAGAUCCCGAGUUACGACUCGUUCGGGUUGGGAAUCGUUGGUGGUGAUAGUUAUAUUAAUAACGGCGAGUACGUUGCGUUAGACGGGUUGUUCGUUCAUUCGGAUCAAUUAUUCGGGUCAUCGGAAUACCCGGAUGGCUCGUGGUGGUCGGAAACGUUGCCGGCGCAGUAGUAACGGCGAAAUGUUGUAGUGAAAAAGCAUAUUGUAAAGGUUUUUUUUGUUCUUUUAUUAAACAGGGCUAAGGAAUACCAAAAAUUUCAGCCAGAUCUGACUGUUGUUGAUCUAUUGCUUAAGAGUGGACAAUACAGAGAUGUGGAUUUGAUUGAUUUUAGUUA